AUGAUUUCAUGGACAGUGAAUGGUAAGAUUCUUUACUAUUAAUUUAAUAUAAAGUAGCUUUUAUUAAGUCUAGUUGGUAUUUCGUAUUUAUAUUAAGGGUAAUGUUGAUUAUAAUAAUACUGAUAAUAAUUUAAAUUAUAUAUAUAUUAAAAUUAAAAUAAAAUACUUUCAGAAAUGUACUUUUGAAAAGGUCAGAUUUAAAAACUUGGUCUAUGUACAUACACAUCAUUUCUUUAUAUUCUUUCAUAUUGGUAUGAAGUACAUAAUUCCUAUAUUUAUUUUUAUCAUAUUAACAACUUAUAUUAAUAUAUUACAAUACUUACAUUAAUUUUGGUGAUUUCAAAAAUAUUAUCUUAGAUUAUUAAUAUUGCUAUCAAUGACUUAUAUAAGUUAUAUCAAACUUAUAUCAGGUAUAAGAUUUAAACAAGAAUACUUAAAUAUCUUCGUUGUUUUUGGAAAUAUAAAAGACUUUAUUAAUGAAAGUUGUUCAUAGAGAAGUUUUUAUAGAUGGAACAGUUUCAAGAUUACUUUCAUUUUCUUAAAUAAAAUAAUAUAUUUUUUUAUCCAUUAAUUGAUACAAUUUAACAUUUUCUAUAUAUAGAUAUUAUCUUAUAUUCUAUAUAUAGAUAUAAUCCUCUAUAAUAUAAUAAAAAGGAUUAAAAGUAUUAACUAUAUAAAAAUAUUAAAAAUAUGAAUACAAGAAUACUUUUGCUUUUCUUUGCUUUUUAUAUCUUCGUUGUUUGAUAGAUUUUACAGAACUGAUAGAUUUUAUGAUAGAUUUUACAGAAUUAAAAUAUCUUUAAAACUAAUAAUUUUUCAACAAGUUAAUAUUUUUUUUAUAGAGAAUGUUGAGUUGAUUAGUCAAUUGAUAAAAAAAUAUAUCAUUUUAUUUGAAAAAGUGAAGGAGACUUCUGAAACCUUGAGCAACUUUCAUCUCAUGCAUUUUUUUUAUCAUCAGAAAUUGUUCUGGCAAAGUUAUAAAUCUAUUACAAAUAUGACUGUAAGAAAUGCAUUAAAUGCAGCUCUUGAUGAAGAAUUAGCAAGAGAUGAAAAAGUAUUUAUAUUGGGAGAAGAAGUUGCACAAUAUGAUGGUGCAUAUAAAAUAACAAAAGAUCUUUGGAAAAAAUAUGGUGACAAAAGAUUAAUAGAUACACCAAUAACAGAAGCUGGGUUUUGUGGUAUAGCUAUUGGAGCAGCACUUGCUGGUUUAAGACCAAUAUGUGAAUUUAUGACAUUUAAUUUUGCAAUGCAGUCUAUUGAUCGAAUAGUAAAUGGUGCUGCUAAAAAUUUGUAUAUGACUGGUGGAAAAUAUUCUGUACCUGUAGUAUUUCGUGGGCCAAAUGGCAACGCUAAAGGUUUAGCAGCACAACAUUCUCAGUGUUUUGCUGGAUGGUACAUGAGUGUACCUGGUUUAAAAGUUCUUUCACCAACAACUUGUGAAGAUUAUAGGGGUAGUUUAAAAGCUGCUGUUCGAGAUCCUGAUCCAGUUAUAAUAUUAGAAAGUGAAGUUCUAUAUAAUAUAGAAUUUCCUGUAUCAGAUGAAGCUAUGGAUAAAGAUUUUGUCAUACCUAUUGGUAAAGCUAAAAUUGAAAAACUUGGUAAAGAUAUCACUUUAAUUGCACAUGGUCAAGCAACUUUGUAUACAACGCAAGCAGCUGAAAUUUUGGCAGGAGAAGGGAUAGAAGCAGAAGUGAUUAAUUUACGUUCUCUUAGACCAAUAGAUUGGGAUGUAAUUUUUAAAUCUGUAGCAAAAACUCAUAGACUUAUGAGUGUUGAAUUAGGAUGGCCUGUGUGUGGAGUAGGUUCUGAAAUUAUAGCAACAGUAAUGGAAAAUCCAGUAUUUUUUCAACUUGAUGCACCAGCUGUUCGUUGCACUGGUGUUGAUGUACCUAUGCCAUAUGCAGAAAAUAUUGAAUAUGAAUGUACGCCAAAAGAUCAUCAUAUUGUAGAUUUUGCUAAAAAAGUUUGUGGUGUAAAAAAAUAAUUCUGCUAUAUGUUUGAGAAUAAAAAUUUAUAAAAAAUUUUGUUUAAUAUAAAAAUUGUUUAAUUUUUUUUUGUACAGUGUAACAAAAUAUAUUUACAAUAAAUUUGUAGCAAUAAAUUAAAGCUAAUAAAAUACAUAUAUCUGCAAUAAUAUUGCAUUUAUACAGAAUUAAACAUACAGAAUAAAUUUAUGAUUUUGUAAUUAUAAAAAUGAAUUUAGAUGUAUAUAUGUAUGUUAUGGCUUUAGAAAAUAAAAUUCUUAUUCUGUUAUAUUAGGAUAUUAACAUUGAAUGAAUAAUUGCAUUAUUAAAUUAAGUUUUAAAAAUUCUUAUUUAGUAUAUUAAAAGGCUGAUUCAUUUGAAGAUGACAAUGUGUGUAAUACUGAUUUCAGAAUAUUUAAAUCCAAUGCUGCAUUGAUGACCCGAAUGUGCAUAUAAAUCAUUGUAAAUGAAAUUCAUUUAUAACUUAAUUUCAUAGGUAUGUCAUAUUUAAUAUAUAAUAUAAAAAGAAAUUAAUUUUAAUUAAAAAUUUAAUUUUUGUGCUUGAUAAUUGAUAAACUAAUAUAUUGAAAAAUAAUGUUAUAAAAGUAAAGAAAAUAUAACAUAAAAAAAUAAUGUAAUUUAAUUAUUUAUUUUUAGCACUCAUGUAACAAUUUUGAGUUGA